UUACCCAGAAUGCAACAGUAGGCAAAGUUCGCUGCGAUUGGAUGUUGGUCAGAUCGUGUGAGGGGCACGUAAAGGAAAUCUCACUAUUAAGAAAACAUUCCUUGAGAAUUAUGUCUGGACGAAGAGUGGUGGUUUUCCCUUCAGUGGCCGAGCUUGGAGCCACUCUGGCCCAGCUGGUGUCCUCUCGAGCAGAGAAAGCUCUCCGCACAGGUGCAAGCUUCUCUCUGGGCCUUUCAGGAGGGAGUUUGGUGUCCAUCCUGAGUAAGGAGCUGCCUGCUGUCCCAAACCUGGACUGCAGCAGAUGGCUCAUUGGGUUCUGCGAUGAGAGACUCGUUCCUUUCUCUGAUCCUGAGAGCACUUAUGGCUUAUAUAAGGUAACUCGCAAGGCUUUUAACACAGAGCAAAUACCGGUUUUUGACAUGCUGUUGCUGGGAAUGGGACCAGAUGGACAUACCUGCUCUCUCUUUCCAGAUCAUCCUUUAUUACAGGAAAGCCAGAGGACAGUGGCGCCCAUCUCUGAUUCCCCCAAACCACCGCCUCAGCGUGUCACUAUGACAUUACCCACCGUUAACGCUGCUCGAUGUGUAGUGUUUGUGUCAACUGGGGGCAGCAAAGCUCCUGUACUCAAGCAAGUAUUGGAGGGUGGAGAAGGCCCUGCACUUCCAGCAGCUCUGGUCGCACCUAGACAGGGAGAGCUCUUCUGGCUAGUGGAUGAGCCAGCAGCUGCCUCCCUCACAUCUCAGGUGGAGAGGCCAGGUCCCGGAGCAAAGCUCUGAAUUUAGGAGACAGAACUUGUAAAAACACUGUCUAGUAUUUUUAUGAAGUCCUUAAAAAGCACUGUUUGCAAAGAUUUUUUAAAAUUAUCAUUAUAUUAUAAUUACUGCAAUUAUCAUUACUACUGUAAAACUAU